GACGGUUAAUAGUUUUCGACUUCACACAUCCCUUUUCGCGAGUAUGACACAGACCUGGGAAGUUAUAGUUAUAUCACACACGUGAAUUGUGCAAUGGAGAAGGAAUUAUGUGUUUAAUGUCGAAUACAGUGCUGAGGUAUUAUUAUUAUUGUUAAGGCGGUUACUCUGUAACAUGGAGGAAACGGACACAGCCGAGGAGCUGUUAGCUAAACAACACCGCAAGGAGAAGAAGGAGCUGCAAGCUAAAAUCCAGAGUAUGAAGAAUGCAGUGCCGAAAAACGACAAGAAGAGGAGGAAACAGCUGACUGAGGACAUCUGCAGACUGGAGGCUGAGCUCAAUAACAAACACGAGACUGAGAUCAGACUGCUGCACACAUCCUGCUCGCAAACCAAGGUCGAGGAGAUUACGGAUGCUGUCGAGUGCAUAAACGUGUCUGCUGAAGAGCAAGCGGACCUCAAGCAGAACCGAGUAUCUAAAGCUCAGAAGAGAAGGGAUAAGAAAGCAGCUCAGGAGAAAGAGAGAGAGAACCGCAUCGCCGAGGCCGAAGUAGAGAAUCUGUCAGGAUCGCGACAUCAGGAAGGACUUAAACUGAGACAGAAACUGUCAGAGAAGCAGCUGCAGAUUAAAGAGAUCUCAUCUGAUGGCCACUGCAUGUAUCGUGCAUUAGAGGAUCAGCUAACGGGGCGUGGCUGUUCUCUUGGGAUCCAGGAGCUCAGGGUUCAAACAGCUCAGUACAUGAGGAGCCAUGAGGAUGAUUUCCUUCCCUUCCUUACCAAUGCCAACACCGGGGACAUGUACACUGCAGAUGAAUUUGAGAAGUACUGCAGUGACAUUGCAGAAACAGCAGCUUGGGGUGGACAGUUAGAGUUAAGAGCCCUCACACACGUGCUGCACUUACCCAUAGAGGUCAUUCAGGCUGAUUCUCCUGUUAUUAUUAUAGGUGAAGAGUAUGAUAAGCCACCCAUCACUCUUGUUUACAUGAGGCAUGCCUAUGGCCUGGGUGAGCACUACAACUCAGUGGAACCACUGAAAGACGCGGCGGGAGAAGAGCAAAACUAAAACAUUGUCCUGGAAUGUUUUUUUUUUUUUUUUUUUAUACAUUCACUUUCAGUAACAAGAUGGAAAUGAUUCCCUCAAUUUUCAAUUCGUAGGAUUGAGCAUGGAUCGAGCUACUGCCAUCUUUUUGACUGCUAAUUAUUAACUUAAAAGUAAAAUGUAGUAAAUCAAUUCCAUUGCAGGAAAUAAGUUAUUCUUAGUGUGUUCAUUGUAGUAAGAAUGUCAUUAGAACAUUGCACUUGUUUUUACUGUAAAGUUGUUACUGUAACAAACAGCAUAUUUGUUGUUGAGGAAAUGAAUCCCAUCUUGUUGCUGAAGGUGCAUUAGUCAGUAAUUAUCAUUGUAUUUGCAUUACUGAGGAAUUAUGGCACUGUUAAACUUCCAAACAACUUCCAGAAGAACCAAGAUGGCUGCUUUAGGUUGUUUGUUAAUGACCUUAUCACUUUAUGCACACACCAGAAUAUCAUGUGUACCAGAAUAUCAUCAUAAUUAACAUGUGCAGUGGCUAGGUCUAAGGAUUUUUUUUUUUUUUUUUAAUAAAUGCUAAUUGGUUUCUAUUUUGUUUAAAAGCUUUGGAUCAUGCUGGUUUAAGAUAUUAACUUGAAUAUUUAAUCAUUUUGACUGAUUGUUGUAGGGUGUACAAUUUUUAUUGCCUAUUUAAAAAAAAAAAGUGAAUUUGAUUAUUUCAGAAUAAUGAAAUGUACAUUUUACAACAUAA